AUGGAGGCAGUAGUUGAGGACGAAUUGAAGCGACUGGAAGACUCAGGCAUAAUCACACAGGUAGCCUAUGCAGAUUGGGCAGCUCCAAUUGUCGUGGUCCGCAAGCCGGAUCGAUCUGUUCGCAUCUGCGCGGACUUUUCCACCGGAUUGAACAACGCCCUUGAAUCGAACAGCCACCCAUUACCACUUCCGGAUGACAUCUUCAAUCGCAUGGCGCAAUGCACGGUAUUCAGUCAUAUCAACCUAUCAGGUGCGUAUUUGCAAGUUGAGGUCGAUGAGGAAAGCAAAAAACUGGUUUCCAUCAACACCCACAACCACAACACCCAAGUGUAUACCGCUUCAACCGUCUGUCUCCCGGUGUGA